GGACGGACAGAAAAAAAUCGCAGCUGAAUAAACUAUAUCAGGAAAGACGGACGCGUGGAUAGGUGACAAUCCGGAGCAUGUUCGUUAUGUCUUCCGGGAUUGGGUCUGUGAUCGGCGGUUGCCGUCGGCGGGAAAUAAACAAGGCGGUGGCGGUACAGCCAUCAGAAAUAAAGGGUUUUUCGCGCGCCGGGUUGUACAGCAGGCAACGAAUUUUGAGGAAGAGCACCUGCCGCCCCCUGGCGGCGUCCCGAACAACGUCGACGACGACGUACUGCCGCAGUCCCAGAUGUUUUUCGACCGCUCGAGGCAAGGUGUGAGCUUUUUCCGGUACCUCCAGAAGUUGCGGGCGACGUCCCGGACCCGCGAGUGGCACAUGAGCCCGUCGUUGCGCACGAUAUUUGGCACCUGCUAACGGUGGACUGGUCGAUCAAGCGGAUCCUGUUGCUGCACUUCUGCGUGGAACUCUUUCUGCUCCUCCUCACUGCACUUUGCCUGUUUGUUGUCUGUGCGCUCGACGAUAGCCUCUCGUCCUCCGCCGAUGAAGCCGAGAGCCUGGACGAAGACAGCAGCGAAAUAAAUUCCCAGCUUCCGGUCGCAGCUGCUGCUGUCGAUGCAAAACGUGUUUUUGGACCAGAUAUCCACGGACAACCUCCGAGAUUUCGAUCGGUUUUCCCGGGUCGCGGACGCGCACCACCCUCACGGCGAAACCUGGCGGUACGCCCGGCUCAGCUUCGUGGAGGCGUGUGUGCUGUCGCUGCAGACCUACAUCCACUGGGUGUUUCUCACGGUGUCCGCGGCGGUGAUCGUGACGCGCGCGAUGCGCCCGCAGGUGCAGGUGGUCUGGGCGCAGGACUGUGUGGUGGACGGAGACGAGCUGGUUAUCCGCGCGAAGGUGGUCCGCGGGUCGGUGUCCCUCAUGAACACCUCCUUCAAGUUGUGUUGCCUGCGCUACGGGCGGUGCGUCCCCCUGCAAACGGCCAUGCAGGAUAGCUAUCCCGCCUGGAACAGCUACACGCCGAUCAACAUCCGACACACCAUCGACCGCGACUCGCCCUUCCACCCGUCCAACGGCGAUCCCCAGCACAUCAUCUGCGUGUGGAUCUCCAUAAACGGACAAGACGCCAGCGGCCUCCCCAUCGCCUCCGACAUGGAGUGCUGGAAUUUUGACACCAUCAUGGCCCCCUCGGUGCAGCGGUUAAAAUCGACGGAGCGCGACUUCGGCCUAAGGUUCGGCCGGAUGUUUUGCGAUUGCAAGUACAAGGACUGUCUGACGUUUCUGAUGGACGACCCGACCAACCCGGUGACGAAAGAUGGCUUGAUCGUGGACAUCAACCUGGAUAACUUCUCGCGGAUUGUCAAGUCCUCCGCCUCGAACAAGUUUUUAACGUUGCCCGACGCCGGCGGUGUCUGGCCGGACCAAGUACUAGGGACCGAGCCUGCCGCGAGAAGUGAGCCGGCAAACACGUCGUCGUCGGCGAACGCGGCGCCGCCUGCGCUACGUCUUAACGAAAAUAACGACGAGCGAGCCCGGACCAGCGCUUCCGACUUAAGUAAUAUUUACGAUUCGUAUGUGCAGAGCGGCGCGGUGGACGAGCAGAACGGCGGACGCAGCAACACAGCGAAUGUGAGCUCCUCGGACAAUCGCGCUGCCUACGAGGCUGGUACUGUUCGCCCAGUUAGCUGACGGCUUUGUUUCGUAAAAAUAAAUGCUAAAAAUUAAGAAGCAGGUCACGAGGACGCGCACACAUCGAUUCUGAUUCACAGGAAUCGCAGCGGAGCUGC